UUCAGUCAUUAUCAUGUGGCUCAUGUAAACAAAGCAUGAUUGUCGGAUUUUCUCAAUGGAAAUGUACAAACAUGGAUGUAAUUUGAAUAAUCACUUAGUAUGGUUCAUAGUUGUUAUAAUUCUACAAUGGCAACCAUGUAAACCUCAAGCAUACUCAGCAGAAGUGGAAUGGACUACAGCAGUCCGACUCUCAGAUUAUAAAGGGUAUAAGUCAGUCAGUUUAACAAAGUACACCAUUCCAGAUGGUACCAUAGAAGUAUUAUGGGAUAUAAGUGCUGACACACUGCCAAAAUGUCCAAAGAAGGAAGUCUUUAUCUAUAUAAGACAUGGUAGUUAUCCACUUGUGACACCAUACAAUGAAUCAUAUCCAGAAAAUUUCCAUAUUGAAGACAGUCAUUACCUGAAACUAACAACAAAUAAUGUGACAUUACCUUAUUCCAUAAAGAUGCCUAAGUCAGGACCAUGGUUCUUAGGAGGAUUUCUACCAAGAGCACAAAAACAAUAUUUACAAGCGGGUCUGAAUAAGAAAAACUGUGUGUAUGGUAUGGGUAUCCGAGUCAUAUCUAGAUAUAUGGUUGAUAUUGAUGAAGUUUCUACAGGGAAAUUGUAUAAUUUUGUAUUGCCUGCCAACAAAUCUAAAACCAUUAGAUUAACAGUUCCAGAAGGAACAACAUCAUUCUCUGUGUUAGUGGAAAAUUGUUCUGUGAACACUACUAAUACUACUGCCUGUCCUGUCCUCAUAGCAGCAGCAUCUGGUCAUAUUCCUAAUGUGUCAUUGGAUACAAAUAUCAACUGUACUUCUGACACAUGUCAAUUGGAUUACCAAUCACCUUUCAUCAAAGAAUGGAGUUACAUCAGAAUUGUGCCUUAUCUGCUGGCCAAUGAUACAGAACUGAAUGUCAGUCUUCAAGUUAAUACUCAAAAUUGCUUAAUGGAACAGUAUAUAGUUGUGGAACCAGUUGAUCCAGUUGAUGAAGAUGAUAACAAAACUCAGAUUAUACACUACAAACCUAAACCAGCCCCACCAGUUACUAACUCAUCAUGUGUUCAGCUUCAACAGAUGGGAAGAUUUGACAUCAUGAAUGAAGAUUUUCUCUCAAUAUUCAUCUUCCCAGACCAAUUCCUUUACCCAUGGCCAAACAUGAGGUUGUUCUGCCCAGAUACACAAGUCCUUCUGACAUACUUUGAUUUGUUGACAGAGAGAGAUGCUGGAGGAACAUUAAAAGUUGUUUUCACUACAUCACAUCUUUAUGUGCAUCCUGUACAAGAUGCCGAGAUGUACCUGUGUGUUAUGAAAUCUUCCAUUCCUUCACUGACAACCGUUACAGAUUGUCCAGGAGGGGUGAGUUUGAUUGUAAACACAACAUCUGAGACAGCAUCAACAUCAAAAAUUUACAUACCAUAUCCUUCUGGUGGACGAUGGUACUUGGGAAUGAAAAGUGUUUGUUACAAUAAAAACAAGACAGAAGAAAAAUGUUUAAAACUACCUGUAGUAUUAAUACAAGUUUUUGUGACAAGAUGUGUAGACAACAAGUGUGGUGGGAAGGGAAAUUGUCAGGAGUUUUUUAGCGGGAUGUUGUUGUUCAGCUCCUGUGAAUGUUUAUCAGAUUGGAGAGGUUAUGGCUGUACUGAUGGAUCUAUGGCAGAAUCAGAUGGGACAAUUCUAAGUACAAUGUUGUUAUUAACUCUCAGUAAUGCAUUCUUUAUCCCAGGAAUAUUUCUGUCGUUAAGACGUAGAAUGUUUGUAGAGGCACUUGUUUAUGUCUUUACUAUGUUCUUUUCUACAUUUUACCAUGCCUGUGAUGUCAACAAUGUGAAGUAUACAUGGUGUAUGAUGGAUUAUGGAGUGCUCAGUUUCUGUGAUUUUUAUGGAUCUAUCAUGUCCUUCUGGGUGACCUUGCUGGCAAUGUCACAAUUAAAUGAUACAGUUCGAUCAGUUUUCCACAUGCUUGGUGCUCUAUGUCUAGCCCUAGGUGUGGAAUAUAACAAACAUGGACUGUGGGUGUUUGUAGCUCCAGCUCUUACUGGUGUCGUCAUUAUGUCAAUUUCUUGGAUAGUGCAAUGUCGUAAACGUAAAAACUGUUAUCCAUCAAAAUGGAGAUAUUUGAAAUUCAUUCUACCUGGUGUCUUACUAGCAGGGACGGGACUUAUCAUAUUUGCUUUCUUGGAGACAGACCAGAAUUACAAAUACACACACAGUGCCUGGCAUGUGGUCAUAGCACUGAGUAUCGUCUUUCUGUUGCCAUCACGUAAAACAUCCAAAGGUAGUGAUAUCCAAUCAGAUGAUGCUAUUUUAUCAGAUGGACAAGACUACAGCCUAGUACAAAACCAACCGGUGGAAGCCGUGGGAAUGAUGUCAGCUGAUGGGAUAGAUGAUUCUGACGAGGAGUGUAUAUUACAACCUAGCAGAUCUCGCCAAGAUUGGAAUGUUAUUUUAUGACUAGAGAAAAUAGGGCAAUCCAGCUAAUGGAAUAAAGAGUAGGAAUCUUUGAUUGAGUUUUCAGGUGAUUUAGCACCAAAGUAGACUCAAGCACUGACUGGAAGAGAAAAGAACCUUAAUAGCUCUGAAAUAUGUAGACACUUAUUCUAGAGUAGCCAUGAGAUAACGGGAGAAAAUGUAGUAAUCCUAGAUCAUUGACAUAUGUUAAAUACUAUAGUAUAUUGUAUGAGAUUACUUUUCUAUCCUUUCUUGAUCUUCCCAUUGUAUCUUGCUACCUCAUUUAAAAAAAGUCCAGAAUUUAUUUUAGUUUAGACUAGAUUACUUUGUUUUAGUUAUAUGCACAGUAAAAAGUACAAGGGACGUAAGAUAUUGAAAUUUGCAGCUCUGCCCAAUUUUUAUUAUUUUUAAAUUUAAUUAAAUCUUAAUAUCAAAGCCAUGAUGUCAUUGCAAAAUGUUUUAUACAGCACACUAUAUUUAUCAUCUAAAAGCAUGAACAAAAAUGACAAAAACUGUAUAUUACAUAAUAUGACUCAUGGAUACUAUGCCCACAAAAAGAUUUCUGACAUAUGAAAUGUAAAGGAAAGUGCACGAAUUAGAAAGUCAUCUAUAUAUUUAAACAGUUCCUGAUUACUUUGAAAUUUUAGUUUUACAGAAAUAGGCAAAAAACAUAUUAUGUUGGGCAUUUUCUUAAAUGAUCACCUUGUUUUGCCUCUAAAACAUUUUCUUUCCUGAACAAUGAUGUUUUAGUCUGGUGUUCUUUCUUCUGAUUUGAUUUUUUUUUAAAGCAAAACAAUUUUUUUUCCACAUUUAUUGAAUGUUUAUGUAUAGAUUUUAAUAUAUAUUUUUACAAGCUAGUCUAAAUGCAAAAUAUGUUUAAUCAAAAAGAUCAUGUUUUAUAAUUAAGAUUUUUUAAUGUGUAUGAUCACUGCCAAGAAGGCGGUAAACUGAGAAAUAAGUUCUUUUUUACAAAUGACAGUUUUUCUAUUAUCUCAAGAAAAUGAUGACUAAUUCAUACAAUUUUUAAUUAUAAGGCAGCCUCAAAUACAUUACCACAAGGGGUUGAAAUAAAAUUGAAAAUGGAAAGACUGUCCUUCUGGCAAACAGGGGCAUUUGUGUUGUCCCUAAUGAAUCUAUUUUAUUCAUAACUUGCUCCAAAUCUUUCUGACCAACAAUUGUCAACUGCUGUAAUAUAAAUCUUUCAAUCUCAAUUUUUUAGCAAAUUUUCUCCAACCAUAAUAUAUAAUAAGUUUUAAAAUAUUUUGGUUGAUUGAGGGACUGUACUCAUUAUCAGUUCACUGUCAUUACAAUAUAUUUUGUGAACUUUUGUGCAUCUCAGUGUGAACCAUAUCUAGCCAUAGAGAACUACAUUGUUAAUAUAGUAGCAUAUAAUUAGCCUAUCCUGACUAGUUAUGAAUAUGCUGCUAAUUCAGGGAUAUUUUUUAUCUAAGAAAUAUGAAUAAUGCAUUAUUUAUUCGUUGUUUUUUUUAAAUAUUAACAUGAGCAUUAUAGUAAUUUGUGAAAAUCUGUAUAUAUUUAUAUGCUUGUUAUAUGAUUUUGAUCUCAUUGUUAUGAUUAUGAAGAUCUGACUAACUGUACUAUUUACUAAAAGAUCUGAUAAUACAUCUGGUAAUUUAAGGAAGUUAUUUAUUUUUAACUUAUUUAAUUAUAUCAAUUUUAAGCUAAAUUCUGAUCAGAGAAGACUGUGGAAUAGUUGUGAAAGUAUUUAACUUUGGUUUCAGUUUGUUUCACAAUAGAUUCAGCCAGACCAAUAAAUGCUGUGUAUUUUGUUGUGAAACAGCAAAAUUCAUAAAAUUAUGCCGCCUUAAAAUGGUCAGGUUGCAAAAAGUCAUUUUCUUUUAUAAAGAAUUGAGGUUGGCUAUGCAUAUUUAAAAAAAAACUGUCUGCUUCCAAAGCAUGAUAGGAAUUUAUAACCAAAUCAGUGACAUUUCAGUUUUUCUGUCUUAUUUGAUAAACUUGUUAAACAUCAUGGCUAAAAUGUUUUGGCAACGUUGAUUUUAGUUUACAGCCCAAACCAAAGUAAUCAGUUUCAGAAUUUAGAAAAAAAGAAAUCACCAGGUGCAUAAUUGUGAAAGAAAAUCUCAGAUGUGGGAAUAUGUUGUUGAUACAGCAACCCAAAAACAUAAAAAACCAAUGGACAUUUUAGUAACAUUUCUGAAAUCUGGAUUAGAAAGAAAUUGUAGGCGGUGAUAAGCCAGUGUCCACACAUUAAAAAAACUAAACCCAAAACUAGUGAAAAAAAUCCUGUUACUGAAGACCAGACAGGUCCCUUUUGUUGUUAUAUAGUAUUGCACAAUGUAAACUUUACUUUUAUAUUUGGUGUAAUUGCCUAUGCAAACAUUGUAAACUUUCAUUUGCUUAGUUAGGGUUGACAAUGCUGUUGAAUAUAUUAAAAUAGGAAACCUCUUUCUCAGAACUGACCAUCGAGCAUUAUUCAUGUAAGCUAGAUUUCAACUAUGUGCAACCUUACCAAAAUAAGUAUCAAGUGACUCAAAUAAUUUCACUUUUAUAGUCACCAUUCAAAAAAUUCGUAAGGGUUCCACGGAACCCAGUGUCUCGCCUACUUCUGCUGUUAAUCACGGGCUCAACAAAAAUGAGGAAAAAAAUUAAUAAAAAUAUUCCUCUCUAUACUAUCUUUUGAUUGUAAGUAGCUUCUGUCCAAGUUUGGUAAAAAUCCAGGAUAGUUUAUGAAUCUAAUAAAUGUUUUAAAAUAAAAACUUAAACUGCAGACUGUUAUGUAAUGUUAACUGGAAGAAAAACUAAGUCCAUUUAUAAGUAAAAUACGGAAAAAUUGAACAAAAUUUUAACAAAAUUUACUUCUGGAUACUAUCUUAUGAUCACAAACAAGCUUCUUUCCAAGUUUGGUACAAAUCCAGGAUAGUUUAAGAAAGUUAUUAAAAUUUCAAAAACUUUAACCACAGAGUGAAUGUAAUGUUUCCUGGCAGAAAAACUAAGUCCAUUUACAAGUAAAAUACGGAAAAAAUAGAAUUUUUUUUUUACAAAAUUUACUUCUGGAUACUAUCUUAUGAUCACAAACAAGCUUCUUUCCAAGUUUGGUACAAAUCCAGGAUAGUUUAAGAAAGUUAUUAAAAUUUCAAAAACUUUAACCACAGAGUGAAUGUAAUGUUUCCUGGCAGAAAAACUAAGUCCAUUUAUAAGUAAAAUACGGAAAAAAUGGAAUUUUUUUUUUACAAAAUUUACUUUUGAAUAUUAUCUUAUGAUCAUAAACAAGCUUCUGUCCAAGUUUGGUAGAAAUCCAGGGUAGUUUAAGAAAGUUAUUAAAAUUUCAAAAACUUUAACCACAGAGUGAAUAUUUGUGGACGCCGCCGACGACAACGACGACGACGCCGACGGAAUGUAGGAUCGCUAUGUCUCGCUUUUUCGACAAAAGUCGAAGGCUCGACAAAAAUGUGAGCUAUUGUACCACUUGUCAUUAAUUGUGUGUUCACUUUUCACAUUUUCACCUCUGAAACUUGUGAGCCAAUUUGGAUCAAACUUGACUGUUAUAAUAAAGUUUCAAUCAAAUUCAACAAAAAAUUUGUUAUAAAUUAUGUAAAGGGGCAACUACCACUGAACCAGGCUAAAUAUGCUUUACUGGAUUGAAGAGUGGCCAUUCUUGAUAUUUGUCAGGAUAUAUUACAUUUUUUUACAAACAUUGAUUAUUUUCUUUUACUUUUAAAAAGUAAAUUAUAUUAACAAGUGUUGAUUACAUUGAAAAACGUAUUAGAACUUUGAAUAUCAAACCUAUUGGAUGUGAAGUUUGUCAAUGAUUACAUUAUUAUUAUUAAGUGUUAACUGGUGUACUAUAUAUAUUUUUUUUUAUUCUACAUUGUUAUAUAGAAUGAAAUAAAACUAGUCAAUCUCA